AUGUUGGCUCCUACCCCGGCUCGUACUCCGCCCUCCUUCACCUUUGAGGACAGUGAUUCUGAGUUUGAUGCUAAGAUGGCAAUGCCUGAUUAUGAGCCCAUGUCUCCUGUCGUCGCCAACCUUGAGAAGAUGGUUUUCAAUCGCAAGACUGUUCCCAGUGAGAGCGGUACCACAGCUGAGACCAGGAGCUCCGUUGAGCGUGGUACUUCCACCAAGCGUAGCAUCUCAAGCAUGGACAGCACUCCCCCCGAGUCGCCCAUCGAGGCUUUCCUCCCCCGACCCGAGACUCCCAGAUACCCUUACAGCAACUGGAACUCUACCUCUACGUUUACCAUGCGUAACGGCCAGGUCUACAGCUUUGGUCAGCUCCAGAUGAUGUCCCUCGAAGUUGCUGAAGCCAGACGCAAUGGAGAAUUCCCUGCUACCAACGAGCCUACUCUCGAUGCCAAUGCCGUUGCCGAGGACUUCAACUCGCUCAUCUAUCUUCGACGCCUUCGCGGUAACCUCCUUGCUCCUGCUCCUCAGUCAUACAUCCACUUCCGCGAACAGGUUGCACUCGGCAUCCAAGUCCGUCAGGCAACUCUCAAACGCGAGAUUGAUCAAGAAGUCGCUCGCCGUGUCGACCACUACCUUCAAGCCGUGGAAGCUGAGCAGCGCUACUACAACGCUAACAACUCCAUGCUUCAGCGUCGGGAAGUCACCAACCCCACUCAGCAAGACUUCAUCGACGUUCAUGAUGACAUGUGCUCUAUGGUCGAACAUACUAUUGAGCAGGGUAUCUCCGAUGCCACUGGACCCCUCCGCAUGAACGUUUCUAACCUCAAGAAACAAAGCGAAGUCUUCCAACAGCAGACUGCCCUUCUGCAACAGCAGAACGACAUCUUCCAGCGCCAGACUCAGCAGCAGAACGGUCUUUUCCAGCUACAUGCCGACCAACAGAAUGACCUCUUCUUGCAGCAGCACAGUAUGUUUCUGGAUCACAAGGCUAGCCUUCGGGAACAAAGCCGUUUCUUCAAGAAACAGACCGACGCCCUUGAGCAGCAAAACAGAGUCAUGAAUGCUUCGGUCACUCACUUGAACGACCUUGUCGAGCCUCAUAUCUACAACACACAGGCAACUGCCCAGAACCUCGCUUCCGCCAACCAGCUUGUUGCCAAUUUGUCGAAGCAAAUCCCCGAGGCCAUUCGCUGCGCUGUUGAGGAGGCAUCCCAGAAUCAAGCUCGCGAGAUUCUUGAACAAGCUCUUCAAAUCCAGCAAAUGGCUGCCACGAAGCCAGAGCAGGAUGCUAACCCCGCCACUGCCCAGGUUGAAAAGGCUCAGGAAAAGAAGGCUGUCGCUGUCGGUUCCGAUGUGGUCGAACGAAUAUCUUCACUUGAUCUGUCCAGACAGCUUACACCGUUGAGCCCCAUGGAAAACGAGCGAACCCCAGAUGGGCCAUUUGUCAUGCAACAUCGGGCAGUGGAGUCGUUCACCGUGGAGCAAGCGUUGAGAGUCUCGGUCUGGAGAUCGAAAGCCGCUCGUGACCCGUCAAAACCCAGUUCUCGCGCAUUGAGCACCCGGGCUCGGGCUUCCGUCCUCUCCUCAGCGGCCACCAAGUACCGAGCUGGUAGCCUCAGCCAGCAGGUCCGAUUUGCUCACAAGGAGCUCAAGUUCGGUGUUGAGGGCCGUGCUGCUCUUCUCGCUGGUGUCGAUACCCUCGCUAAGGCUGUUGCUACCACCCUCGGUCCUAAGGGCCGAAAUGUCCUCAUUGAGUCCAGCUUCGGUUCUCCCAAGAUCACCAAGGAUGGUGUGACCGUUGCCCGCGCUGUCAGCCUCAAGGACAAGUUCGAGAACCUCGGUGCCAAGCUUCUCCAAGAUGUUGCUUCCAAGACCAAUGAGGUCGCCGGUGACGGUACCACCACCGCUACCGUUCUCGCCCGUGCCAUCUUUUCCGAGACCGUCAAGAACGUCGCCGCUGGCUGCAACCCUAUGGACCUCCGCCGCGGUAUCCAGGCCGCUGUUGAGGCCGUCGUCGAGUUCCUCCAGAAGAACAAGCGUGAUAUUACUACCAGCGCUGAGAUCGCUCAGGUCGCUACCAUCUCCGCCAACGGCGAUGUCCACAUCGGUCAGAUGAUUGCCAACGCCAUGGAGAAGGUUGGCAAGGAGGGUGUCAUCACCUGCAAGGAGGGCAAGACCGUUGCCGAUGAGCUUGAGGUCACCGAGGGUAUGCGAUUCGACCGUGGCUUCGUCUCCCCCUACUUCAUCACCGAUACCAAGUCCCAGAAGGUCGAAUUUGAGAACCCUCUCAUCCUCCUCUCUGAGAAGAAGAUCUCUGCUGUUCAGGACAUCAUCCCCGCUCUUGAGGUCUCCACCCAGCAGCGACGACCUCUUGUCAUCAUUGCUGAGGACAUCGAGGGUGAGGCUCUCGCUGUUUGCAUCCUGAACAAACUCCGUGGCCAGCUCCAGGUUGCCGCUGUCAAGGCCCCUGGCUUCGGUGACAACCGCAAGUCAAUCCUCGGCGAUCUUGCUAUCCUUACCGACGGUACUGUCUUCACUGAUGAGCUUGACAUCAAGCUUGACAAGGCCACCCCUGACAUGCUCGGUUCUACCGGUUCUAUCACUAUUACAAAGGAGGACACCAUUGUCCUGAACGGCAGCGGCAGCAAGGACGCCAUUGCUCAGCGAUGCGAGCAGAUCCGUGGUGUCAUCGCUGACCCUACCACCUCUGAGUAUGAGAAGGAGAAGCUCCAGGAGCGUCUUGCUAAGCUCUCUGGCGGUGUUGCCGUCAUCAAGGUUGGUGGCUCCUCUGAGGUUGAGGUCGGUGAGAAGAAGGACCGAUUCGUCGAUGCCCUGAACGCCACCCGUGCUGCCGUUGAGGAGGGUAUCCUGCCCGGUGGUGGUACUGCCCUUAUCAAGGCCUCUGCCCACGCUCUUAACGAGGUUCCUACUUCCAAUUUCGACCAGCAGCUCGGUGUCAGCAUCGUCAAGAACGCCAUCACACGCCCUGCACGAACCAUCAUCGAGAACGCCGGUCUUGAGAGCUCCGUCGUUGUUGGCAAGCUUACUGACGAGCACGCUGGUGACUUCAACAAGGGUUUCGAUAGCUCCAAGGGCGAGUACGUUGACAUGAUCAACGCCGGUAUCCUUGACCCCUUCAAGGUCGUUCGCACUGGUCUCAUCGAUGCUAGUGGUGUUGCCUCUCUUCUGGGUACCACUGAGGUUGCCAUCGUCGAUGCCCCUGAGGAGAAGGGAGCUGGUGGCCCUCCUAUGGGUGGCAUGGGCGGCAUGGGCGGUAUGGGUGGUAUGGGAGGUAUGAUGUAA